AAACCCUAACUGUUAAACCCUUUGAAAAAAAAAACAAAAAAAAAAGACAUGGAAGAAGCGUCGGAGAUGGAAGUGGAGGUGCAAAAUCGUCAACUUUCAGACUCUUCUUCGGUGAAGAAAUUUGGCCUCAAGAACUCUAUUCCGACCAACUUCGGCACUGACUACGUCUUCCAGAUUGUCCCAAAAAUCGAUUGGACAGCAAUCGCGGUGUCGCUAUCGACCAACACCGUGAAGCUUUACUCGCCGGUGACAGGUCAAUACUACGGCGAAUGUAAAGGUCACUCCGAUACCAUCAAUCAGAUUGCGUUUUCAUCGGACUCGGCGGCGUCUCCUCACGUUCUGCACUCUUGCUCCUCCGAUGGCACAAUCAGAUCCUGGGACACACGUAGUUUCCAGCAGGUUUCGUGUAUUGAUGCUGAGAAUGAUCAGGAGAUAUUUAGCUUCUCCUAUGGAGGUGCUGGAGAUAAUCUAUUGGCUGGUGGAUGCAAAGAGCAGGUUCUUCUGUGGGAUUGGAGAAACUCAAAGCAAGUUGCUUGUUUGGAGGAAUCCCACAUGGACGACGUCACUCAGGUACACUUUGUUCCUAACAAUCGGAACAAACUUCUUUCAGCCUCUGUGGACGGAUUAAUAUGUCUGUUUAACACUGAAGGUGAUAUCAAUGACGAUGAUCAUCUGGAAUCUGUGAUCAACGUAGGAACUUCAAUUGGGAAAAUAGGUUUCCUUGGAGAUUGCUAUCAAAAACUCUGGUGUCUCACUCAUAUAGAAACUGUCAGUAUUUGGAAUUGGCAAGAUGGAAGCUGUGAAGUUAACCUAGAGAACGCUCGGGAACUCGCAUCUGAUGGUUGGAGUCAAGAUAAUGUUGAUUAUUUUGUUGAUUGCCAUUGUCCAGGAGGUGAAGACUUAUGGGUGAUUGGCGGAACCUGCGCAGGUACCAUCGGUUAUUUUCCGGUCAAGUGUAAACGGCCUGGAUCAAUCGGUUCCGCUGAAGCUAUUCUUGGUGGAGGUCACGUGGAAGUAGUGAGGAGCGUUUUGCAAAUGCCAUGUGACUAUGGAGGAGUUGCAGGGUUAUUCGGAUGGACCGGGGGUGAAGAUGGCCGGUUAUGUUGCUGGAAGUCCGAUGAGAAUAUCAAUCGGUCUUGGACUUCAAGCGAAUUGGUCGUUAGGAACCGCAAGAAAAACAGACAUUCUCCUUACUAAAUAAGAAAAAUACGAUCAAUGUUCUCUGCGUCUCGUGUCUUUAUUAUAACCAACAGUGAACAAAACGGUUCCUUGAGUUGUCUCUUAUCCUCUCUUGUUAUUAAAAGGGAAAUUCUU